AUGAAUGGAAAUAAACCCAUCCCACCCAGUAAAGACGACGAGUUACCUGGAGAACCAAAUAAUACUAGCACUGCAACCGUCAUUGACAAUUUGACUUCAACUGAUAAUCCGACUACAACUGGCUAUAUGACAACAGAAGAUUCAACGACAACAACGACCACAAAAACACGGAAUAAAGUUCUUCUGCAAACAGCAGUUACGUAUGCACAAGGGGAGAAUGGCUCCAAUCCAAUACCGGUUCGAUUACUUUUGGAUAGCGGUAGCCAACGUUCCUACAUUACCAAUUCAUUAAAGAAGCGACUCGGUCUGGUUCCAAUACGAACAGAAACUCUUAAUUUAAAUACCUUUGGUGAUGAUCAUUUUAAGAAACGACGUUGCGAUAUAGUCCAGUUAUCGUUGAAGGGAAAUAGUGACAAUCGAAAGAUAACGGCACUUUGUUUUCCAAAUCUUUGCUCACCAUUGACAACCACGAUUGAUCUAAGCCUAUAUCCACAUUUGCAAGAGUUACAGCUCUCUGAUCUCAACAUUCUCGAAGGACGACAAAAUGAUAGCAGUAUCGACAUUCUUAUUGGCGCAGAUUAUUAUUUUGAUAUUCUCACUGGCGAGAUGGUACGAGGCGAAAGUGGUCCUGUUGCCAUUAAUAGCGACUUUGGCUAGGUUGUUACUGGUCCGACAAGUGAUACAGAAUCGUGUUCGAAAGUCUCGGGAGUUCAUUUGCUCAUCGAGGAGCAAGGUUCAUUAUUAACACCAUCCCCAUUUGCGUUGAGAGAGGAUGAAUCUGAACUUUCGAAGUGUUUAAACCAAUUCUGGGAGAUCGAGUCGAUGGGAAUUAACGAGGAGAAAGUAACUAAAGAAGAGUUUUUGAAGGAUAUUCGAUAUCUCGAGAAUGAAGCAAGAUACGAAGUUAGUUUACCAUGGAAGAAUGAGAGUAUUCCGAGAGUAUUGAUGAGAGUAUUAAUGAGACUAUUUGAUACUGUUGUAAAUUUCAGAGGUUAUCCUAUCGGACUUGUUGCUGAUAUCGAGAAAGCCUUCCAUCAGAUACAAAUUGCUCCUGAUGAUAGGAAGAUGUUGAAGUUUCUCUGGUUUGAAGAUAUUAAUCAAGAUCCCCCGACCCUCAAAGAAUAUGAGUUUCGACGUCUGCCAUUUGGUCUAACCCCCAGUCCUGCUAUCUUAUCCAGCACCAUAUCUCAUCAUCUUUCAAGAUACAAGGAAAUUGAACCAGAGAUAGUCUCAUUGUUGCUCGAGUCUCUGUACGUUGAUGAUUUCGCAGGUGGAGCUUAUGAUGAUGAUGAAGCCUUACAUAUCUAUCGCACAUCUCACGAUCUCUUAUAUAACUGA